AUGGAAGUCCAACUAGGUAAAGAGCUGAGCUGUCCUGUGUGUUUAGACGUCUUCAGUCCACCUGUUAUAGAGUUGUGUUGUAGUCAUAACUACUGCAAGAAGUGUAUUCACCAGACCCUCAUCGCCCAGAACUGCAACAAGCCCCAGGACAAGUUCAUCUGCCCCAUGUGUAGAAAGGUGAACAUCUUACCUGACAAGGGACUCAACGGGUUGAAGAGGAACAUGUUUGUUGAGAACGUCGUGGCGAUAUUGAAGGAAAGGACAGAGAGUAACGAGGCCAAGCAGCAAGCUCUGAAGGAAUUCAUGUGCCCUGAUCAUAAUGAAAUCAUGAAUCUGGUGUGUCUGCAGGAUAACACGUUGAUCUGCGCAGGAUGUAAACUGUUUGGCCACCACAGCACCCAUGCAGUGUCCAAGCUAUUUGAUGUGUACGAGCAGAGGAAGGAGGGCUUCGCCAAACAGAUGAAGAGUCUGCUGGACAAACAUGAAGCAAACAAAAAAUGCAUUGAGGGUUUGGUUGGCCAGAAGCAGGACCUCCUCUCGUCCUCUAAGGACAUUGAGGCUUUCCUGAAGAAGCUGGGGGACAGUCUGAUCUGGGAGAUCCAGAGGAAGGUGAGCCACAUGGUCACGAAGGUCCACACGGAGUGCUCCAUGAGGUGCCGUUGCCUCCAGGAUGGCAUGGACGAGCUCAGCGCUCCCCAGAAGGUCCACACUGAGAUGAAGAAACAUGUAGAUGGCAGUAAAAGCCCAGUUGACUUCCUGAAGGGGGAGAGGCGUCUGCACAGAGAGGCUGAGAAGGUCCUGGAGCCAGUGGACUGGUCAGCCCAGUAUAGAGAGUCCAUCUCCCUGGGUCAGUACGUAGAGGACCUGAUGUCCGGCAUUGACAUCCGCAGGAUGGGCACCGUGAGAGGGAAGAGCCUGGUCAAGAACAUCUCUCAGGACCUCAAGGCUUGGAGGUCUGGGAGGACCAGCUUUGACCCGAUGGCCUACAGGAGUUUGGACGUGAUGCUGACCAAGACAGCCUCCCUGGUGGAGCAGGGCGAGGACGACUCAGAUGACUCAGACUCUGACACCUGCCUCAGCUGGGAGACACACAGCACUUCUGAAGAGGAAGGGGCCACCGGAGACACCAAACAGAAAGCUUGA